AUGUUUGCACCUUCAAUUGGUGCAACAGCUAACUUACAACUUGAAGGCAGCACUGCCACAUCCUCAGCUGCUGGGAAGUCCGGCACACACAAGAGCUGUCUUGUGUGCUCCGAUGAAGCUUCAGGCUGCCAUUAUGGAGUCCUCACCUGCGGAAGCUGUAAAGUCUUCUUUAAGAGAGCAGUUGAAGGGCAACACAAUUACCUGUGCGCUGGACGGAACGAUUGCAUCAUUGACAAAAUCCGCCGGAAGAACUGCCCUGCCUGUCGUUACCGCAAAUGCCUCAUGGCAGGCAUGAACCUAGAGGCCCGUAAAACCAAGAGGGGCCGUCAAACUGGCAAGGUAAUCCAGCAGCCGUCGAUUCCAGAGCGCAGUCUUCCUCCGCUGCUCGAAGUCCAGGCAUUGGUGCCCAAACCCAUGCCUCAGGUGGUGCCCACCAUGCUGUCACUGCUAAAGGCCAUCGAGCCGGACACCAUCUACGCCGGAUACGACAGCACCAUCCCUGACACCUCCACCCGCCUCAUGACCACUCUGAACCGGCUGGGCGGCCGGCAGGUCAUCUCUGCGGUCAAAUGGGCCAAAGCUCUGCCAGGGUUCCGGAACCUUCACCUGGAUGAUCAGAUGACCCUCCUGCAGUGUUCCUGGCUGUUCCUCAUGUCCUUCGGACUCGGUUGGAGGUCAUACCAGCAGUGCAAUGGAAACAUGCUGUGUUUCGCACCAGACCUGGUCAUCAAUGAAGAAAGGAUGAGGUUGCCCUACAUGACUGAUCAGUGUGAACAGAUGCUGAAGAUCUCCAAUGAGUUUGUGAGACUGCAAGUGUCCAACGAGGAGUACCUGUGCAUGAAAGUCCUUCUGCUCCUGAGCACAGUGCCGAAGGAUGGUUUGAAGAGCCAAUCAGUGUUUGAGGAGCUACGGAUGUCUUACAUUAAAGAACUGGGCAAAGCCAUUGUGAAGAGAGAGGAGAACUCCAGCAAGAACUGGCAACGAUUCUAUCAGCUAACUAAGCUACUGGACUCCAUGCACGACAUGGUGGGUGGACUCCUGAACUUCUGUUUCUACACCUUUGUGAAUAAAUCCCUCAGCGUGGAGUUUCCCGAAAUGCUGGCGGAGAUCAUCAGCAACCAGUUACCAAAAUUCAAAGCUGGGAGUGUCAAAUCGCUGCUGUUUCACCAGAAGUGAAGCUGCUCCCAGCAGCAGGACACGAUGCCUUAAACGUCCACCUCGUCCCCUCACUCCCACUCCAUCGGGACAGCAGAGGGGGGCGAGGCGUGUGAGAGAGAGAGGACUGUAUGCAACCCAGCACACAACUCCAUGAUUGACUACAGUACAGUCGGAGGAAGAGACGGGUAAUUAGAGGUUGUAAAAAGCUAACAAACGGCUGAACUGUUGAAAUGACAUAACCACGAAUCUCAUGGAUAGAUUAUCCCAUACAUGUCGUCUCAGGUGUUUGACUCCCAGCAUCAACUAUUAUUAGUAGAAGAAAGCUAAUAGUCCAAGGUCACUUACUACAUACAGUAUGUAGAGUUGCACACGAUGCAGCACUUACGCAGUUCAGUAUGCGCAGAUUAUGCGCUGAUUAUAUAGUCAGUAUCAUACUUUUUAACUUCAGAUGAUAACGGUUUGAAAUAAUAAUUUCAAUAAUAUGUACAGAGAUAAUGGCUUCAGCUUGGUUUGAAAUGAAAUAUACGUUUUGUAUGACACCAUAUAUCUUCAGUUUUAAAACGACUCAUGUCAUUAACAGAGUUACAUAUAUACAGAAAAAAGGAAAAUAUGUGCCUUUUUUUUUUCUUUUUUUUUUAAAGCUUCUUUCCUUGUUUUGACUCGUCCGCACCAGACAUCUGGCACUUCUUCUUCUUCAUAGCUGAUUGUACUUUUAUACCCACUUGCACUUGUAAUUUUAAAAACGGCCAUUCUUUUUUUUUUUUGGCAGCUCUUUAAUCAUUAGUGGGAACUUCAAAGAAGUGAUCCUUAUCGCGGAGAUGAGUCUGACGAUUAUUUUUACGCUGAGAAAUGCAAAUCAAGCACUUUCACUCCUUGCAAAUGCUUUAAAGGGGCUGGUUUAGGUUUGUUCUGCAGCGAAGGUGUAUUUGUGUCUAAGAAAGCCAUUUAUUGUUAAUUUUUACCUGUUAAUUCAUAUAGGAAUUAUGCAAUGUGAAACAUUAAUUUUUGUCAGUUUUGUUUUUAUGUGUGUCGUAUUUGUUCCUUAGCAAUGCCACAGUAUACAACCAAAACAAUGAAUGCAGAUUACAGUACCUAUACCAUUUAUACAGACAGAUGAUUUGAAUUGUCAGAUACAGUACAAUCACACUUAGCUACACCAAACAUCAACUCAGGCCCGCAGUACUCUAGAUCCUGUAUGACAGUGUACAUUUCUAAUAUUUUUUUUUUUUAGGUCCAGACUAAUCCAUAUUAAACUAACCUUGACCUGUCUUGGUUUAAUCAGUCAAACUGUGGUGCAAGUGCAGGGUUUGAACUCUCUGGGAAUUUCUACUCGCCUGUAUUGUUGCAAUCUGUUAUUUUUGUGCCAAACAUAUAUUGCUUUCAGUUUGUACAAUCUAAAACUGUGCUCGUCUUAACAGUUGUCAAAGGUUUAUAUAUAUAUAUACAGUAUAUAUUCAAGAGAGGGAAAAAGAGAGUAUCAGAAUAUUUUACAGUUCUUCUGUGGAAGCUUAAUACAUCUUGUUUAAUACACAAAUAAAAAAUCUCCAGCUUCAGACUGCUUAGCAUUGCAUUUGUGUGGUACAGAUUUAGCGAUAUCUGAGCAGCACUUUUCUCUUUGCUCUUCCGUUCCUACAGAUAUACAGUAUCUCACAGAAGUGAGUAC